GGGGACGGGGACGGCCGCGGGGUCAGGGCCGGGCUGUGUAAAUAGAGACGGUUUCGGUUAAACACGAGGCAGUUUCGGGUCGGCGGGAGAAGCGGCGAGGUCCUGCCACGCCGGUGGGGCAGGACCAGGACGGGAUGGGGACGGUGCCUCCCUGCUGUGUCCCCCCAUCGCUGCUGGCCCGGCACCGUCUGUCCCUGUUACGCGUGGUCUGUACCGGUUACAUUUGUCAAUAAACGUGUCCUGUUUUGGUACUCGAGUGUCCUUGGGAUGUGCGGCACGGUGGAGGUGGGCACAGGGAGGGGGAACGGGGCGCUCCAGCCCCUCGAGGCACUUUACACACCCUGCUACGGCAGCACCCGAGCGGCACCGGGCUGGGGACACAGGGCUCAGCCGCAGCCCCUCUCCUCCAGCGCCGGGCGUCCCUGCUCGGGUGGGGACCCGUUGUCCCCGGCAUUCCAGGGACAGCUCUCCGGGAGCGGCCGAGGCGAGGAGCCGCUGGAUGCCGCAGGGACACUCCCUGCCCGCAGUCCAAAGUCUGGGGCCGCCGGGGGGGCCGCGAGGCGCUUCCCCCGCCCGGGAGCCGCGCUGGGGCGAGGCCGCCCUGCUCGGCCGCUCCCUCCCGCCCGCCGCCACGCUCCAGCGGGCAGGGACAAAGGGGCAAGAGCCGUCGCAGGAGCGCGGGGCCAGUCUUGGGGGAAGCGCGGUCGGGGCGGCGCGCGCGGGGCUGCGGCGGCCGGUGCCGCUGUGCCUGCGGGCGGAGGGCGGCAGGGCGCUGCGGAAUCCCCGGCGGCCGCAGGGAGCCGCCCCGGCCGGUCUCGCUGCCCCCGGGCCCCAAGGGCCGGUGCCGGUGCCGGUGCCCGCGGGGUCAGCGCAGGGAGCGGCCCCGCCGCCGCCCUCCCCACACGCGCUGCCGCCGUCCGGCCGCCAGGGGGCGCCCGCAGCCGCCACGGGGGCGGGGCAGGGGCGGGGCCGCCGCGCGCGUUGCGUCACGGCCCGCGCGCCGCUCCCGUCGCCGCCAUGAUGCUCCGCCGGCUGCCCCGCGGCCCGGCCCCACCGCCCCUCCCGCGCUCCCUCCCUCAGCCCGCCGCCGCCGCCGCCCGCUCCGUGGCCACUGCAGUGCCCCUGGCCCAUGUGGAGGUGGAGGGCCGCAGGGAUCGGCCACCCCUUGUCCUGCUACAUGGGCUCUUUGGCAGCCACAGCAACUUCCAGACGGUGGCCAAGACGCUGGUGCGCCGUGGUAGCGGCAAGGUGCUGACGGUGGACGCCCGGAACCACGGCAGCAGCCCCCACAGCCCCCUGAUGACGUAUGAAGCGAUGAGCCUGGAUGUGCAGCACCUCCUGAGCCACCUGGGCAUCACCAAGUGCAUCCUCGUGGGACACAGCAUGGGGGGCAAGACGGCCAUGACACUGGCCUUGCAGCAGCCAGACCUGGUGGAGCGCCUCAUCUCUGUAGACAUUGGUCCUGGCUCAACUGCCCCCGUGUCUGAAUUCUCUGCCUACAUCUCAGCCAUGAAGGAGGUGAAGGUCCCGGUGGGGCUGAGCCGCUCGGCAGCACGCCAGCUGGCAGAUGAGCAGCUGCAGCCUGUGGUCAAGCUCCCACAGCUGAGACAGUUCCUCCUCACCAACCUGGUGGAGGUGGAGGGCCGCUAUGUGUGGCGGGUGAACCUGGAGGCUAUUUCCCGGCAUCUGGCAGAUAUCAUGAACUUCCCCAUCUUCCACAAGCCGUAUCCUGGUCCUGCACUGUUCUUGGGAGGGUCUGACUCGCCCUAUAUCAGCUCCAGAGACUACCCAGAGAUCCAACGCCUCUUCCCCAAGGCAGAGAUCCAGUACAUUAAAGGUGCAGGCCACAUAGUCCAUCAGGAUAAAUUUGAAGAAUUCAUCACUGCUGUCCUCAGUUUCCUGCCACAGCUGUAGCACUGGGGACCAGGGUUUCUGCAAAGCCCAUGUGGGUCCUGAGGAGCUCUGGGCAGUGACGCAGGGCUCGGACUCUGAGGAUGGGCUCAGCUGGGACUGGCUGCCCUCACUGCAGUCUGAUCCUGCCUGCAAGAUCUUUUCCCAUCCUGGUUCUCCUGCAGUCAGAGCAGAGAGGCAGCUGCAUCCUGCUGAGAUCUCGUGCCACCUCGCAGGGACACGGGGUGGCAUUGGCUCAGGACACUGCCCUGCCUGCACGGUGGUGUCAGGCACAUGGAGGGGGCAGAGAGCCCUCUUUUUUUCCUGCUGCCAGACCCUGCCAAGGAUCUGGCUGUGACUUUGCAGAAUGUGCAAUAAAGCUGAUUCCAUGCCAAGGCAGAA